AUGGCUCCGUCAGCCAAGGAAGAGGUUGUCGGAUCCGCAACCCACGUCGGCGAUGAGGAAAUCGCCAAGCCCGUUCGCAAUGAGUACCUUCUACCCAAACCAGAGAGCAUUGCGAACAUGAGUGACGAAGAUCUGGGCACCCUCCGAAAGAAAAUGGUUCGCAAGAUGGAUAUGGUCAUUAUGCCUAUCAUGGGGAUUCUCUAUAUUCUCAACUACGUCGAUAGAUCCGCCCUUGCAGCAACUAAAGUCUACGGUAUCAUGGAGGACCUCAAUAUGACCACCGCCCAGUUUGCGACUGCCAUUACCUUCCUUUUCAUCGGUUACAUCCCAUUCCAGAUUCCUUCCAACUUGAUCAUGACCAAAGUUACACGCCCCGGUCUCUACAUUUGCUCUGCUGCGACCGUUUGGGGAGCCGUCAGUGCCUCUACCGCCGCCGUCAAGACAUACCACACCCUCCUUGUCGUCCGAGUAUUCCUGGGUGUUACUGAGGCUGUCUUCUUCCCUGGUGUGAUCUACUUCCUGAGUGCUUGGUAUACUAAGCAGGAGCUCGGAAAGCGUCUUGCUGCUCUCUACGUUUUCCAGAUGAUUGGCAGUGCUUUCGGUGGUUUCAUCGCUGCUGCUUGCUUGACACUGGAUGGGCGACAUGGUAUUGCUGGAUGGCGCUGGUUGUUUAUUGUGGAAGGAGUGGUAACCAUCGGUUGUGGCCUCAUCUUCGCAAUGAUCAUGCCCGAAUAUCCCCACAACGCCCGACUCCUUAAGCCCGUCGAGCGAGACUUCGCUGUGUGGCGACUCGAAUGCGAGGCUGGCGCCGGUGAAGCCAACGAAGACACGACGGCUCUGGGUGGUCUCAAGGAAGCACUGCUGGAUAUCAAGAUCUGGGCCCUCGUCUGGUGUAUGUUCAUGUCUCAGGCAAUGGGAUCUACAAACAACUUCUUCCCGUCUAUUGUCGAGACCCUGGGAUACAACAAGAUGAACACCAUGCUGCUCACAGCUCCUCCCUUCAUCUUCGCCGCCAUCAUCUUCUGGGUUGUUUCUUACCUCAGCGACCGCAAGAACAUCAUCUACCCCGUUUUCGUCGGCCUUCUAUCCAUGGCGUGCGUUGCUUAUAUUAUUCCGCUGGCUACUACCAGCACUGCCGGUCGCUAUGUUGCCAUGAUGCUCAUGCCCGCAUCCAGUACGUUGACAAGAUAUCGAUUCUCGAAGAUGCGCUCAUUGAAACUAACUCGUGCUGCUUUAGCCGGACCCCAAAUUCUCCUGUUCAAGACUCUCAACCUGCACAUGGCCCGUCCUUAUCCCAAGCGUGCGGCUGGUGUCGCCAUGAUCAAUGCGCUUGGUGGCCUGGCCAACCUCUGGUCCAGUUAUCUGUACUACAACCCUCCAGCGUACUACACUGCUUUCGGAACUGUCCUCGCUUGCACUGUUGUUUUCUUCAUCACCAUUACGAUCUACCGCUGGAACGUGAGGAGGCUCAACAACCUCCUGGACGGUUCCCCAGAGGAUCAGCGAAAGGCCAUGAAGAGCGGAGUUACUCAGCAACAGGUCGAUCUCGGAUGGAGGUACAUCGGUUUCUAA